AUGCUAACAAGAUUUCUCUAUUUCUUUUCUCUCUCUUCCUGUCUGAUCCAGGUCAACGUCUUCAUCUCCUUCGUUUUCCCAAUGGCCAUUAUCUCCAUCCUCAACACCAUCAUAGCCAACCAACUUAUCAUCAUGUUUAAGCAAGCAGCCCAAGAAAACCAAGUGUGCACCAUUGGAGGACAGCAAACCAUGCUUAGCAUGUCCAUGGAACCUGGGCGCGUUCAGACCUUGAAGCACGGGGUUCGAGUUCUACCAAAUUCAUUUAAGGGCUACAGCUUCCUUUAUGACUUCUACCACUAUUUCUACAUGCUGACAAACAUCCUCUUCUAUGUUAGUUCAGCGAUUAACCCGGUCCUCUACAACUUGGUCUCCACCAACUUCCGUCAGAUCUUCUUUUCAACCUUCAUUUCCGUAUGCCUGCCGUGGAGAAAGAAGAAGAAGAGAACCAAGUUCAACAGAAAAUCCAACAGCAUCUCUAGUAACCAUACUUUUUCUAGCCAGGUCACCCGAGAGACUACCUAUUAA